CUAUACUACAAGCAAACUAAUAAGACUCUCGUGGCUUUCUACUAACAUUACAUUCCCUCGCAUUUUAGUCAUGGCCACAAGUUGCUCCUACAUGGUCUCAACCAAGUUAUCCAUGUUGGGUUGGACUGGAGGAAGAAGAGAAGUGAGAAGCAGGAGAGCAUUUUUCGUUUCAGCUCAACAACAAUCUGAUGUUGAGGAAGCAGAGAAAGUGAAGGUGCAAGAAGAACAAGUUGAAAGUCAGCAACCGAAGCCAAAAGGAACAAUUCCAAGGCCAGUGGAACCUCAGCGGAAUGUAAAAAGCAAAAACAUGAUCAGGGAAUAUGGAGGACAGUGGUUGAGCAGUGUCACUCGCCAUGUGAGGAUCUAUGCUGCGUAUAUCGACCCUGAAACUAGUGCAUUUGAUCAGACCCAAAUGGAUAAGCUCACCAUUAUUCUUGAUCCUAGUGAUGAGUUUGUGUGGAAUCCUGAGACCUGCAACAUGGUUUAUUCUUACUUUCAGGAGCUUGUGGAUCACUACGAGGGUGCUCCAUUGACAGAAUACACACUUCGCCUGAUUGGUUCGGACAUAGAGCACUAUAUAAGAAAACUGUUAUAUGAUGGAGUGAUCAAGUAUAACAUGGAUGCAAGGGUUCUGAAUUUCAGCAUGGGCAAGCCACGGAUCAUGUUCAACAACGAUACCCAACCUGAAGAUACAGAGAAAUAAUAUGUGAAAUACAUCAACAAAAGUUAAAUAAUCAUUUGUGUUGCAUAUGAUUGUGCAAAUGUUAUUACAAUGACUAGUUGUUUGUAAAUUAAAAGAAAAAAAAAAUCUCUGGUCCAACAUUAGAAUUUUUUGGAUUUGAGUAAAAUUAAUUCGAAACUAAAUAUUAUUACAGUCCAUACUCCAUAAUAUAGCUUCUGUUCCCUGGUUG